AUGAUGUCCUGCUCUGAUGACGCCAGUCACAUGACGAACGAAUGCUCAAUAAAGAUUCAUCAGUGUCGUAGGUCGAUGCGCCUAGGACAUAUUAGCACAAAUCAACAAUCACAGCCCCAAGACAAUAACCCUACAGCCUCCGGUGGAACCAACUUACGAAUCCAUUCCACUCGCUUCUUCGAACGAAAUGAAAGCUUGGUGCGGAGAUUGGCAAAACUCACUGAUGAUGCCGACUACUAUGCCGGCGAAACGUUUGAGAAUGUACCAAGUCCACUCUCUGAUGCUGGGAAUCAUGACAACUACUAUGGCAGACGACUUCGGACUAGGUGCACACUACUAAGUCACCCUGACAACAGGAGCAAGCUCCAUACAUGCCGUUGCGUGCUCAUUGUCCUAAGUCAGGCUGACUCGAUUUACAUCAUUCUGCUACCGACCAAUCCACAUUGCUACAAUAGCAUGGACACUGAUUUUAAGGUUGAACCAUGGAGGCUUGGACAGACAGACUAUGCUUUCGCAUGCGGCCAUCGUUUAAUGCACACGCCUUCGGUUGCAGCCACGUUGGUAGACGCGACAAGCGCAGUUGUGAAUGUGCAUGGGCGCUCAGGCCAGACGAGGCCAGUUCACUCGACUCUGGCCUCGAGGCGAUUGGCUGCGUUCUCGAGAUCGAUACGCUUUGCCCACUGUCCUCCUUCAUGGCUGACCCAAACGGGCCAGUUCGACCCCGUAACAAUGUGGUCAAAAGGCCUCCAUGAGGCGGCCGGCGAACCAGUUGAAACCGGUCCAAGGGAUCUCUCGUUUGCUAUUCGCUGA